UGCUAGCAACACUGGCAACUUUCCAUCAGCUGGCAAGAUGGCCGACUGGAAGGAAAAGAUCUUACACUACGGUAAACGACUAGAGAAAAAUCAGAGCGAUGAAAAGGUAUUGGAAACUCUUCGGAAACUUCAAAAAGUGCCCAUGACAUUAACGCUAUUACAAGAAACUGGCAUUGGACGAACUGUAAACCAUUUGAAGAAAAGCAGCGGGGUUAUUGGAGAAUUGGCCCGGGCCGUCAUCGGCGCAUGGAAACAGGUGGUCUCAGACAGCACGGCCGAAUACGCUGAACAGCAGCAGCAGCAGCCAGCCCCAGCAGUGCCAUCAAAGAGGCACCAUGAUAGCAAACAAGAUGGCCCACCACCAAAAGCUAAUCGGACGUCAAAGCCCUACUCUAUUGAAGUCGAGACAUCUAGCCCCAUCGAAAACGUUCCGGCGCACUCUCGGCACAGACAGAAUGGGGACAGCCAUCAAUACAGCAAACAUCACCAUGACCACCACCAUCAGAAUUCGUCACGGCAUCAUCACAGGGAAGAGCCCGCAGCAGCACCACCACCACCACCAAAGGUCGAGCCACCUCCAAAGAAGAGCCCAGAGAAAAAAGUGGACAAGAAACAGAUGAAGAAGCUCCUCAAGAAGGCUGGCCACAGUGAAGGGGGUCUAGAUGGUUCCAUCGCGUCUUUCGAGGCUUGUCUUGGCCUCAACGACACAGUGACCUUGCCCAAACCCAAGAAAAAGCCCCAACCCAUCAGUCCUUCCAAGAAGCAGCAGCCAUCCAGAGUUGAGUCUGUGAAGGAUGCAACCAAGCAGCACUCUUCCAGGGGAAGCGAACACUCUUCCAGGGGAGCUGAACACUCUUCCAGGGGAGCUGAACACUCUUCCAGGGGAGCUGAACACUCUUCCAGGGGAGCUGAACACUCUUCCAGGGGAGCUGAACACACUUCCAGGGGAGCCGAAUCGUCUCGCUCGAAAAACGGUGAGAGCGGUAGCAGUGGGGGCCACAGCGGCAGCAGCAGGAGCAGCAAACACGCAAACAAAAAGGAGCAGCUCAUGCCUGAGGCUCUACGAAAGCCCGACUUGGCUCCUUUAGACAGGGACGAAGUAUCAUCAAUGCUGCCAGAGAUCCAGCCUGUGUACAAACCUCUGCCCCACAGGUUAUUUGAUGAACCACCAUCAAAACCACCGAAAAAAAGCUUAACGAAUGAGGAAGCCAUCAUCUUCACAUCUUCACGGAAGGACCGAACGCAAGUCUACUCCGGCCGACGCAACUGUUUUCUGCCUGAGGUUCCCACUCUGCACGAAGCUUGCAUCAAGGUGCUUAUAGAAAACGUCGAAGGCAUGGCAUACACAGGAGGAGUUCCAUAUGACAUCCUCAAGCCUGUUUUAGAAAGGUGUACCCCCAAGCAGCUGUACACUCUCGAAGACUACAACCCUUACCUCCUCGACGACACUGACGAGUUGUGGCAGGCACACUGCACUCGAGAAUUCAAAAGCAGUAUUCCGGACGCAGGAGAGACAUGGCGGGAGUUGUACCUGAAAAAGUAUGAUGAACGUGAAGAGAAGUUCAAGUCAUUGACCGCCACGAUCUCUGCUUCCAUGGCCAAGGCUACGCCAGUGCGUCAGACCAAGCUGGCUUAUGUCGACACGGUGGCCAAGCCUCCCCGUAAUGUUGCCAGGCAACAGGCCAAACACGGCACAGGUGUGCAGUCAGCAGUUCCAGUCAGGCCUUCCGAUCGUUUGUCAUCUCGGCCCGCACCCUCCCCAAGCAUCAGUGCCAGCGUCAGUGCCAGCGUCAGUCGGCCACCCUCGACUGCAGUACCUAAGAAACCAAAGCACGCACCAUUAAUGCAGAAGACCCUCAAGUUUAUGAAGCAGCGCUUCAAGAGAUAGUGAUGCCUCCCACAACAUCUACCCUGUACAGAACCAGUGAGAGACCUGAUGUCACUGCAGCUGAUGAUGAACACACAUGCAAAGCAGGACAACAUUGGUCUUAUCUUAUCACCAACCUUAUGAAAAGGAAUGCCUGUAAAAAAAGAAAAGUUAUUUAAAGGACGUAGCAUCCACACACUAAAAGCUCUAAUGGAAGUGUGCGCAGCACACAUCUGGAAUAGCUCUGGAAGAACCUUAUUCUCUGUGUUGUGCAUACAUUUGCUGGUAUCAGCGUCGCUCCGAGUGCAGCACUGUAGCACUUUAAGCUUUUGUUAUUACUUUUUUUCCACGUGAGAGUAGUAGCUUUUAUUAUUUAGAGCCAUGAAACAUUAUGAAAUUGUGCCGAUUCUUGAAAAAGAGGACGGUAGAUUGCACAUGCGUUUUGAAAUGGCAACUUUAAUGCGAUGUAAAUAAGCCCAACACCUGCACCUUGUGCACUAAACGACGAAUUGUGCUGCCUUUUACAAGGCUAAAUUGUGAAUUUUUUUUGAUAAAACAGUCAUUUCUGAUUCUUUUAUUGUCAUCACCUUCCUGUGGUUCUUUACUUUUACGAGAACUAUGCGAAGCUUCCAGAAGGAUGGAGUGUUCAUCUCUUUAGAGAACUUUUUCCACACACAGCUCUUUUCGUGUGUAUGUAUGUCUGUGUGCAUGUAUGGUAUGUUGAUGUGCCUGGUAUGCUAAGAAGGAUGCAUGAAAUAAACUAGAAUGUGUCUGUG